ACAUUGCCGACGAAAAGGGAUCAAUCGUGAGACUGUUGUCAGUCGGUUCUCUCCUAGAACAAAAACCUACGGCCGAAAGGUAAAAGACGCUGAAAAGAGCGCUGCACUGAAAGAGGGAAAAGUCGCACAUUGUUCUACGACCGUUCGUUAUUACUUUCGCAGUCAUGCUUUGGGCACGGCUCGCGCCGCCCCUACUUCUGCUCUGCCUCGGCCAACUCACGAAAGCAUCCGAUCUAGGCGAUAUCCCACCAUGCGCUGCACCCUGCCUACUAGACGCAAUUCCCAAGUCAGCAUGCGCUUCUGGCGAUCAGACAUGUCUCUGCGAGGACACUUCAUACAUCAAUCUCGUAGAGACAUGUAUUAGAGCAAACUGUUCCGUCAAAAAUGCCCUGGUCACGAAGAAUAUCACGCAGACGGAGUGCGGAUUCCCAGUGGAAGACGACUUCGCCGCGGUCAAGAUCGUUCGCCUAAUUCUAUUCUUCACACUUGUCACUAUUGCCAUUAUCUUGCGCUUAGUAGUGAAGUUAGCCCGGAUAUCAUCAUGGGGACUUGAUGAUAGUACUAUCGUACUGGCAUACGUCUUGAUGAUAGGUUUCAUACCUGCCAAUCACAUUGCUGAACAGAACGGCGCUGGGCGAGAUAUCUGGAGUCUCACCUUUGACCAAAUUGACCUCUACUUCUUGACUCUUUACAUUGGGCAGUUGAUAUAUACAUUCACACUAACGUUGAUCAAAUGCUCCAUACUGUUCAUGUUUCUCCGAGUCUUCCCUGGCAAGAAGUUCCGCCGGGUCUUGUGGGCAACGCAAGCCGUCACCGUGGGUCUCGGGAUGGGUUCCGUGUUACUAAUGGCCCUCCAGUGCCAACCUGUUGGCAUAGUAUGGAAACACUGGACCGGGGAGGAGAAAGGUCACUGCGUCCCGGUGCUACCGCUUGGAGUGGUCCAUGGAGCGGUCAACAUCGUCCUAGACGCCUGGAUGCUCAUGUUGCCGGCAUCUCAGGUGCUCGCUUUGAAUAUGAAACGCCGGAAGAAAUGGACGGUGAUGUCCAUGUUCAGUCUCGGUUUGUUCCUCACAAUAGCCAGCGGCAUACGGCUGAAGGCGAUUUUGAAGUACACGUCCGCAUCGACCAAUCCAACUGUUGAUGCAAUGCCCGUCGCCGUUUGGUCCGACGUGGAGCUCGACGUAGGCAUUUUCACGACUUGCAUUCCGAACAUCUGGCAAUUUGUCUGCCGCUUUAUUCUCAAAGACCCUGAGCGAGUGGAGAACUUGAGCUCGCGACAUGCGCAGAACCAGAGUUUGGAGGAAUAUCAACAGAAGUCACCAGCACCGGCGUCGAUGGAGAUCGAUGAAGAGGAGCUAAGGUGAUGUCAAAUCACAGCUGGGGAGGCUACGUAUCGUCCUUGGAUAAAUCCUUACGCGAACAUGGGUUAUUUCAGACAUUUGCCAAUUCGUAGAAAAUGGAAGAUGGAUACUUUG